AUGGCGUAUUCUUUCGAUUCGACGGCGCUGGAGCGAGCAGCAAAGGCCGCCCGUGAUCUAGAACGUUUUCCGAAUGCCAAAGAGGCUUUAGAACUGUCGAGAAUGCAAGAAGUCACUCGCCAGAAGGAAGUGGAGAAUGAGACGAAGAAAAUUGAGGCUCAACUCGCUAAUAUGAAAUCAGAACAUAUUCGAGUCGCUGAAGAGGAGAGACGAAAGACUCUCGGAGAGGAGACUAAGCAUGCUCACUCGCGCGCCGAGUAUCAAGACCAACUGGCCCGUAAACGUGCGGAAGAGGAGCUCGCAAUGAAGGCUCGAAUGCAAGAGGAGAGUCUCCGAAAGCAAGAAGAAUCAGUGAAAAAGCAAGAAUUGCUUCGAAAACAGACGAUUGAGCACGAGUUGGCACUGAAACACAAAUACGAAUUGGAGAAGAUUGAUGCGGAGACACGGGCGAGAGCCAAGGCAGCAAGAGACAAUCGAGACGUAAAUUUGGAGCAAAUGAAGCUUCAUGAGGAAGAGAACCGAAAAACGGUCAUUGAGAAGAUCAAGACGAGCGGAGAGCUCAUUGGCUCGGGGCUCAAUCAGUUUUUGAGUGAUAAGACGAAGAUUGCGGCGGCUGUCGGAGGGUUGACGGCGUUGGCGGUUGGAUGGUACACGGCGAAAAGGGGAACUGGCAUCACUGCACGUUAUAUUGAGUCGAGAUUGGGAAAACCGAGUCUUGUUAGAGAGACAUCGAGGAUUACGCCGUUGGAGAUUGCAAAGCAUCCGAUUAAGACAAUCCAAAUGAUGACUCGUCAGAAGAAGGAUCCCUUGGAGGGAGUCGUUCUCUCUCCAGCACUCGAACGUCGUCUUCGUGACAUUGCCAUCACCACAUCGAACACGAAACGCAAUAAUGGUCUCUUCAGAAAUGUAAUGUUCUACGGACCACCGGGAACCGGAAAGACUCUUUUCGCAAAGAGUUUGGCUCAACACAGUGGUUUAGACUACGCGGUGCUCACAGGAGGAGAUAUUGCUCCAUUGGGUCGUGACGGUGUUUCAGCCAUUCAUAAAGUGUUCGAUUGGGCUGGGAAGUCGAGAAAAGGACUGAUUGUUUUCAUUGAUGAAGCGGACGCUUUCCUUCAGAAACGAUCGAAAGACGGAAUGUCGGAAGACACUCGUGCCGCGUUGAACGCCUUCUUGUUUAGAACUGGAGAACAGUCCAGGAAAUUCAUGUUGGUCGUUGCUUCCAAUCAACCCGAGCAAUUCGAUUGGGCUGUUAAUGAUCGUCUCGAUCAACUCGUCGAGUUCACACUUCCCGGAAACGAAGAACGCGAGCGUAUCCUCCUCCAAUACUUCAACGAGCACAUCGUCGUGCCAGCAACAAGUGGUUCCCGUUCUCAACGUCUGAAACUCGACAGUUUCGAUUGGGUGAAAAAAUGCAAUGAGAUUGCGAAAAAGACGAGCGGAAUGAGUGGAAGAGAGCUGAGUAAACUGGUCAUCGGAUGGCAAGCUUCGGCGUACGCAUCGGAAACCGGUGUGCUCACGGAGGCGAUUGUCGAUAGGAAUACGGCUGAUGCUAUGAUUCAACACGAGCAUAAAAUGGAGUGGUUGGAGAAGGAACAGUUGAAAGCACGUCAUCAGGAGACCAAGUUUGGAACCACGUUGAAGAGAGAGACCGCUGUUUAG